UAUCCCUGGGAAUCAGUUUGCAGACAAUAAAUCAAGAGCACAAUGCAAAAACUGUCCCAAGCUUUAUGUGGCUGGUAAAGGAGUUUGAUUCUUUUGGAGAAAACCAGUUCUUGGGCGAUAAAACACAACUCGAUGAAUAUUUAGAUGAUAAGAGGCUCAAGCGCAAACAACAAUUGGACGUGCUUCUCUGGUGGAAGAAUAAUGAAUCUCGGUUUCCAGAGCUUGCUCACUUGGCCAGAGAUGUUUUGAGCAUUCCAAUCACAACCGUAGCAUCGGAGACGGCUUUCAGUAUGGGAGGGAGAGUGUUAAACAGCUGGCGAAGCUCUCUUUUGCCCGAGAACGCCGAAGCUUUGAUAACCACACGCAAUUGGUUAUAUGGGUUUCCAAGUGAUGAUCCUGAUGGUGGACUUGAGGUGAAGAUUUCAAAGGCUGUUGGAACAUCCUCUAUGGCGGCUGAUUUUACUCCUAUUUCAGAUGAAUGAUUGACAUUUUGAUAACCUUCAUUCUUAGAACUGUUCAGCUCUCUAGAAAGACAAACACUGAGAUCGUUUCACAAUUUGGUUCCUUCCUAUGUUUUGGGAUCCAAGUAGAGAAGCAUUAAGAAAUGAAUGUGUGAGAUUUUCUUGUUCUAAUAAGAAUAUGUGACUGAAGUUGUGGAGGCAGAAUGACCAGGGGAAAACAUGUCUAUUUAGCUGGG